AUGGAUGCUGAUAUUGGUAAUGGAAAUUCUAUGCGCAGGCCAAAUUUUCCACUGCAAUUGCUUGAGAAAAGAGAAGAAGAAGCAUGUUCAAGCUCAAAGACGGCCGGUGCCGGUUCAGAACCACCCAAAAAGCCGCCGAUAAAGAGAACCGCCACCAAGGAUAGGCACACCAAAGUUGAUGGCCGUGGACGGCGGAUCCGUAUGCCGGCAACUUGUGCUGCUAGGGUUUUUCAGCUUACAAGAGAGUUAGGUCAUAAAUCUGAUGGUGAAACCAUCGAAUGGUUGCUUCAGCAGGCUGAGCCGGCGGUGAUUGCCGCCACAGGUACCGGAACCAUCCCGGCAAAUUUCACUUCAUUGAAUAUAUCAGUUAGGAGUUCAGGCUCCACCAUGUCGGCGCCGUUAAGGAAUAGUUUUUUCAAUCAAAAUUACCCGGUUAGCUCUCAGUUAAGGAGUAUUGAAGAAUCACAGAGGAGAUUUUUGUUCCCUGUGAUUGGAUUAUCGUCUGAGAAUGAGACGACGACGACGGAGGGAGAGACAAGCAUGGGAAGAAGACGGCGGCUGGAGGAAGAUCUGCCACCUCUACUUCAAACACAAAUGGGGGGUCAUAAUUAUAUGUUACAAUCAAGCACAAGUUCAAUCCCGGCUAGUCAAGGCCAAAAUAUUCCGGCUACAGCAUAUCUUAUGGUGACAAAUUCUAACAGCCAAAUGAUUAGUAGUACUCGUAACCCUUCGUGGCCAUUGGGAAGUUCAAUGCAUAGUGGUGGAUUACAUUUUAUGAAUUUUCCUCCACCAAUGGCACUCUUGCAGGGACAACAACUGGGCGGCGCUGGUGGUGGUGGUGAUGGUGCGAUAGUGGAUGGCCAUCUAGGCAUGCUUGCGGCACUCAAUGCUUUUAGGCCAAUUCCAGGUAGUACUGCACCGUCGUCAGAUGCACUCUCAAGCGAUCCUGAUAAUCCAAAUCAUAGGGCUGAUCAUCAGCAUGUUACAACUAGGCAUCACUUCUAG